GCUCGUGUUGGGAACAUUUGUUGUGCUUCCUUUUACUCCAUCUGAUGAUGAUAAACGAAUGUCAUCUAAUCGAGAAAUAUUCUCUUAAAUUAAUUCCGUGUGCAAACACGGCUCGGCAUUUAUCUGUACACAUUACACAAAAAUGCCGCGUUCAUACUUGAAAAUGGACGAGGCGAGAGAUGCUGCAGAGAUGAAAUACUUGCUUGCUUCAAAAAUUAGGCGACGGAAAGAAGAAAUCCAAAACUACUUAUCAGAAAGACGAACUGAAAUUAACAAACGGAUCAGAUAUCGAAGGCAUCUUUUUCAGAAUUACCUGAGGACGAGAACGUCGCCUUCACCAGAUGAAGAAGAUCUGCAAAAUCAUGUCCCAAUCCCUGCAGACCCAGACUGGUGGGAGAGAGUUGUGAUGGCGGAGUUUGGACCAGAAGACUGGCUCGACAAGUUCCAUGUCACAAGAGACAUCUUCUUUCUUUUGAGCAGCAAACUCAAGCCCCAGCUCGAACAAGCGUAUAUACAACAAAGCGGACAGACCAUUACAUUAGAGAGGUGUAUUGCCAUGGCUUUAAUGCGUUUGUCCACCAGCACAGAAUACUGCUUCAUAAGUGAACUCUUCGGUGUGCCCAUCUCCGCCGUAUGUCAAUGUGUGCGGGAGGUGUGUGAAGCCAUAAUUUUGUUACUGAAACCCCUUUACAUGCAGUUGCCUGCUCAUCAUGAACUAGAAGAACAUGCCGAGCAGUUUCAAACUCAGUGGGGUUUUCCUCACUGUAUUGGUGUCAUCGACUCCCUUCACAUUCCUAUUCAAACACCCUCCACGGACACUCAGGAUUGCUGGAACCCAAGAGGAUGGCCCUCUGUGGUCCUCCAGUGUUUGGUGAAUGCACAAGGGACUUUCUGGGAUGUUUGUUCUGGUUUUACAGGCAGCACAGAUGACAUGACCAUCUUGCAGAGCUCAGAACUGUGGACCAUGGCAGAACAAGGAGGCCUCUGCCCUCAGCCACCCAAAGAACUUCUGGGUCAGCCAUUGGGAUUUCUGCUACUAGGGGAUGCUUCGUAUUCACAGCAAACCUGGCUACUGAAGUGCUACCCUCCGGCCCCAAGCCUUACCCCACAACAGCAAACAUUUAACAUCAAGCUAAAUCACUGCCAUAAAGUCAUUGAGCAUGCCUUCCAGCGCCUUAAAGCUCGCUGGCAGUGUCUACACAAUAGAAAUGACAGUAACUUGGACUUGGUAUCCAAGAUGGCUGUAGCCUGCUGUAUUUUGCACAAUAUCUGUAAUGUGCAUAACAUCCCAUUUAAAGAGGAAUGGAUAGAAGCAUUGAGUCAGAAUGAGUGUCCACAGCCCACAGAUGUGUCUACAGUCUACAUAGAUGAUCCAAACGCAGAGGCUGCUCGCUCUCUGCUCUGUAACUAUUUUGAGCAGGAACAGCAGAGCAAUCCAUCCAACUGGUCUCCAACUUCCAGCCCAGUUCUGCCUAUUGUACAAGAGCCCCCUCAAGUGGACAGUACAGGAACAGUAUAGCUUGUACUUUUCUCUCAUUGAUGGUUUAUAUGGACAUUAUUCAGAGUUAGGACUUUGUCUUUAAAUUAUUGUUCCAAGUUCAAUGGAAGUUAAGCUUAAUUUGUGGCAUAAUGUUGAUAAAAAAAUAAAUAACAAAAAAGAUUUUACUCAUCCCUUGUUGGGUUUUUUUUUUUUUUUUCUUGAAGCAAAAAUCGCCCGUUACAGUAUGGCACUUAAAAUGGAAGUGAAUGGGGCCAGUCUGUAAACAAUACAAUUCACACUGUUUCAAAAAUAUAGCCAUUAUAUUUGUUAACACUAUUUUAGUGUCAUUAAAAUGUUAACUUAUUUGUGUUAAGUAAUAUCCAAUAUAAUAACUUUGUUGUCAAUGCAACGUAACGGCGGUAAACUGGUUGUAAUCUGGUAAAUUGCGUAAUGCCACUAAAUUCCUGAUUUUGUCACACAUAUAUUGUUUGUGUGUUGUGGCUGUACUUUUGAAAAGUGUGUAUUGGCCCCAUUCACUUCCAUUGUAAGUCAAUUACUGUAACUGAUUUUUGCCUGUUUUUAAAUCAUCAAGAGAUGAGUCCAAAUUAUUAUUAUAAUUUUGUUUUUGUUUUUUUGUGGUCAUCAACAUUAUGCCACAAAUGCUGUUGAUUGAGCUCAACCUCUGUUGAAUCUGGAUCAGAUUCUCUCAUACAGUCCUCUUGUAUGACUCGUGCACAGAUUUAUAUAUACUGGAUCCAUAAAUGCCCCUUUCAUAGUGAUGCAGUAAUAUUUGUUUACUCUUGGUUUUGUGGAAACUAAUAAACUGGUUGUGGUGGCAAAAAAUGUUUUUUUUU